GCGGGAUGUGACGUUUGACAGCUGAGUGGUGCUUCCGGGUGGUGGCUGCACGUGAGUGACGGGGAGCGAUGGCGGCCCCGGAGAGCAGGUCGGUUUUCGAGGCCGCCCAGGACGCCGUCCUGCUGCGCGGGCUCACUCUCCUGACGGGAGCUGCUGCGGAGGCCUGGGGCGCCGAGCCGGCACCGGUGAGCCACGACAAACCCACAGCCGCUGACAAUGAGGAGAAAGCCCAUGGGGUCCAUGCGGUGCCAGAGCGGAUGUGCUGCUCCACCUGUGAGCAAGUGUUCAGCAGCCGGGAGGAGCAGACUGAGCACUACCGUCUCGACUGGCAUCGCUUCAACCUAAAGCAGCGGCUCCUGGGGCGCCAGACAUUGCCGGUGGAAGCGUUUGAGGAGAAGACCCGUGCAGGUAGUGUCUCUAGCAUCUCAGGGUCUGAUUCAGAGAACUCUUAUUCAAGCAGUGAGUCAGAGUUGCUGCCCUCUGCCAGCAACAGCCCUGGGACCCUCCAGAUCCCACGUUCCAACAAGGUGCUGUUCCGCAAUGCGAAGGGCCAGCUCAUUUCUGCCUACCGCUGCGUGCUGGGCACCGGGAAGGCAAGUCACAGCCCAGGUUGUUGGGAGAGGGACCCCAGAGGAGAUAGGUGGCAUUGGGGUGUAGUCGUCUGUCUGGCAGUACCUCCCCACGUGCCAUGA